AUGGAGAUAGCAGCUCUAUGCUUUGUGACUUUGUGCACCGUCCUGGCCUGCAGUCUCUGUGUGUGGAAAAAGUGCCUCAAAAAGAAAAACAAGGACAAAGACAAGGACAAGAAGACAGGGAAGGAGAAGGGCAAUGACGAUGGUGACACUGAAAUGAUGUCCAGUUUGAAAGAGAAGUCAAAAGACAGUCGCAACAAGGAAGCAGAGCUCUCUGAUGAGGAGCCUAAAGAAGAGGAGAAGCUUGGCCGCCUGCAGUUUUCCCUCGACUACAACUUCACAGACAACACGCUGGUGGUAGGCAUCAUACAGGCAUCAGAGCUCCCUGCUAUGGAUGUCGGAGGCAGCUCUGAUCCUUAUGUCAAAGUCUACCUCCUGCCAGACAAGAAGAAAAAGUUUGAAACCAAAGUUCAUCGUAAAACUCUGGAGCCCACAUUUAAUGAAACUUUCACAUUCAAGGUCCCCUACAGUGAGCUGGGAGGAAAGACCCUGGUGAUGACAGUUUAUGACUUUGACCGAUUCUCCAAACAUGAUGCCAUAGGAGAUAUAAAGAUCCCCAUGAGCAGCAUUGACUUCAGCCAGUCCAUGCAGGAGUGGAGAGACCUGCAGAAGGCAGAGAAGGAGGAGAGCGAGCGGUUGGGAGACAUCUGCUUGUCCUUGAGAUAUGUUCCCACAGCAGGGAAGCUGACGGUGGUCAUUUUGGAGGCCAAAAACCUUAAGAAAAUGGAUGUGGGUGGAUUAUCAGACCCCUACGUGAAGCUCCACUUAAUGCAAAAUGGAAAGCGACUCAAGAAAAAGAAAACAACAAUAAAGAAGAACACUUUGAAUCCUUAUUACAACGAGUCUUUCAGUUUUGAGGUGGCGUGUGAUAUCAUUGAGAAAGUGCAGGUGGCCAUAACUGUGCUGGACUAUGACAAGAUUGGGAAAAAUGAUGCCAUUGGAAAAAUCCUGCUCGGAGGGACAAGUUCAGCCACGGAGCAAUGUCACUGUGAGUCUUACUGGGAGCAUGCUUACCUGCCAGCCCAGCAAGAUGCAGUCCUCCCCCCUCCCCGGCCCCGUCAUGUGGAGGGGGCUGUCUCCUCCGCAGGACCUGGGCAGGUGCAUGUGGCCAGCCUCAGAGCCACACCAUCCCGUCUGUCUGCAGUCACCCGCAGCCUUUUCUCCUGGGACCACUGA